ACAUCGAUAUGCAAAAUUUAUCGAUUUUUAAAUUGGUAUUUUAAGUUGGUAUUUUAGGCACGCGUUUUGGUAAUAAUAUGCAUGUUUGUGUUUUUAGAAUUUAACAACAUAAAAAUGGAAAGAAUAAAAGCAUGCCUGGGGCAGCAACAGCUAACCGACGAGCUAAAGCAAAGACAGGCCAUCACAGAUCAUUUGCUGCAGCUCAUACUCUACUCAAAGCGCCUGCUCGUGGACCAUGUGGAGGCGCUGGAACAGUGUAUGCAACAACAUGCGGCAAGAGCAAAUGACUGGCAGUUGUUAACAACGCGGAAUGCUGCUUUGCUGCUGGGCGGCACUGUCCUGGAACAUUUUGUAACGCCGCGCGGUUGGCGCUUAACACUUUUGCCGGCCAUAUUGCUAAGCGGCACAUUUGGUACGCUCUAUGGCGUUAAAAAUGUAUUUGUUUGCCGCAAUAAGAUUGUGGAGCGCAAGCUGGAGAAGCUGGUCAAGACCAUUGAUGAGUUUGGCAACUGCAUUCGACGCAAUAUGACGUACUUUCAAGAGAUUAUUAUAAUGAAGCAGGCAGAGCUGAUUGAAUCGCGACAAAUUGAACGCGCUUGGGAUUGCAUUACGGCUGCUAAGGAAGUUACGGAAAUACUCUACGAUGCAACGCGCAAGCUGGAGACCGACUAUCCGCUGCCCACCAAAUAUGGUCCAUUCUAUGCGUCCAUGGAGGAGCUGCGCGAGUGCGAGUACUUCAAAAACAAUGUCACGGACUAUAGUCCCAAGCAUAUAAAGGAUUUUCACAACAUCUUUGCCUAUGUGCAGUCGCAAUAUUUACUGCGAUUAGCUUUAACUAUUAUGACCAAGCCAUCGAUAUCGCAGCUCAGCGAGGAGUUUGUAAAGAUUGACAAUCUGCUGCAGCAGCUAGUGCAGGAGGAAGAACAGCAUUUCAAGAAUCUAGCGCUGGCGAUGCAGAACAAACAGCAAAUGGAGCUGGCGCAGCUGCAUGCAAGCAAAACGCAGCAACAACAAAGCGGUCCCAUUGCUGUGCUGCAGCAUUCAUCGUUGAAGCUUAGCGCAUGCAUGGUGGCCGUAGCUGGCGAGUGUCAAGCAUUAGAUGUAACCUUGCAGCAACUAACUGCAACAGAGGCCGCACAUAAAAACAAUACCAAGCAUCUGGUGGCUGUGGCUCACAAUAUGCGCGGCAUUGAAAAUGCUUUGGCCGUAUGCUGUGAUGACUUUCAACGCUUGAUGCUGGUCUACAAUAAGUUUCUGCACAGCAAGCUGGACUUGGAGCUGGAUACGCCGCGUUCGAGCAGUCAGGCAGCCAAAAGUGAUGAGUUUCCCGAGAGCAUAUUGCGCGUCGAGUUCUCAGAGCAGCCUGAUGAUCCGCAAGGUCGUGAUGACUUCUAUGCUUAUAUGUAUGAUGCGGAGGAGGCGCGUCAGCAGGAAGAUCAGCAUGCACCGUAUCCUACACCCGAAAAGGAGCUGCUUAACUUUGAGAAGCGCAUAACCAAAAGCAAAUUUAAACCUGUGCUCAGACAGCUGAAGGAUCGCAUUGAUCCCAUACGCCAAGUGAUGCUGCAAAAGGAGCGUGAAGUACUUACAGCCAAAGGUAUUAAUGUAGAUGAGCUCUUUGGCAAAAUGGAGCAGGUGCAGGAUGAACAGCAGCAGCUGGAUAAUCGCAUUACUGAAGCAGCAGCAGCAACAGCAACUCAAAGUGAUUAUGAUGGCUCCAGCUCUGGCUCCGAUUCUGCCGACGAAGCAGCUGCCAGCAGCAGACAGCGCAGCAAACAGCUCAAGGAACGUGAUAACUUUGCUGAAAUGCGCCAAUUUCUGGCACAAAAACAGGCAAUCAAUCUAUUUAAGCUGGACGCAGCAAUGCCAACAGCUGCUCCAGAGGAGCUGCUCGAAAGCGAAUGCUAGGACUCAACUCAAUAGUUGUUUACUUUAUUUAAUCAAUUUAUACCUUAGACGUUGAGUUGUGAACAUUUGUUGAUAUCACUUUUCUAUAUAGCAUAAAUUAUAUCAAACAUGAACUUUAUACAUUUAU